AUGGAUGGAGGAGGAAUUGGCUGGCCGGAGGUUGAUAGUUUCAGCGUUGCGUACACGUCCGCCGAUGUCAUUGCGGAGUACCUCAGGCUUGGCCAUCCUCCCAAGGAGGAAGAUUUGAAGGAGUAUGCAAGCAAGGGCAAAUCCAAGGGAAGCUUUGGCCGCAGAGGAUGGCCAAUCAAGUGGUGGCAUGAGUCGGUCCUGAUUGAGCUCUCACUGCUCCUGGGCACUGAUGCAACCACCGCUUUCAUCCAGAAACACAAGCUCUACCAGCAGAUUGGCCUCCGAAUGGGUCAGGAUCCCAUUGAGUCCAUCACCAAGUGGUUCCGAGACCAGCUGUACACUCGGAAGCUGCGCUGGAGGGAUGUGUACCUGGAGGCACUGUCGCCUGUGUUGGCCGACCUGGCGGAGAAGGACGCCGACUUCGGGCUGGCGCUGCAGUUCGCACGCAAGGUGUAUGAGCAGGAUGCUCGUUCCCUGAAAGCUGUUGUUGCGAACCUGGAGCGCCAACGGCGGCAGAACGGCGAGAAGGCCGUGGCAAUCGACUCAUCGCUUCACCAGGCCAACCAGGAGCGAAACAAGGAGCUCCCCGUGGCUUCCAGCCUCCUCCUGCGCUCCGCAGCACUGGCGGACAAGGUGUGGCUGGACGUGCGACUCGAGGAUGUGUCGCGCAUGGGCGCGCCGGUGUCCACUCAGUUGUUCUCCGACCUGCGUCGUGUCCUCUACCAACUUCUUGGGAGGGAAUCCAUCACCGAGACAAAGGGAGACCAUACUGGGGUCACGGCCAGCAAGAUGGUCCUGGCGGAUGCAGGAUCGCUUCCAGACGCCAAGGCUGUUCAAAGGUGGACAUGGUCGCAUCGAUGGCAGAUGUUCCGUGCAAUUAUCGAGCACAACCUCGUCCACGCCAAGCGCAAGAACGAGAAGAACGAGAAGGGCGAGAAGAUCCACCCAACGCCAGAAGGGGGCGAGUCCGCUGAACCUGUGGAGCUGGUGGUGCACCGAACCUUUAAGGAGCACCAAAGCGACGAAGCCGUUCCUGACUGGGCCCACGGGUCCUUCGCGGCCAUCGUCUUGGAGUAUGUGGCAUCCCUCAACCAGAGGCCAGAACAGCCCAUGAUCCGGGAACACGAGUUUGACACACUGGCCGCCACCCUCGCGCUCUGCUGCGACACGGCGCUUCCCGGUGCCCCGCUGGGUCGGGCCUCGGCGCAGGUGCAGCAGCGCAUGUGCCAGGUCAAGGAGAUGCUGUACACCCACCUUACUACGCACUUCCAUGCGAACUCCGAGAUUCGCCUGCCGCCACGUGGGACCUCGGUGGCGACCUACUUCCAGACGGCUGCCCACUUGCUCAUGGACAUUGCGCGGCUGCUCUGGCUUGAUGCGGACUUCGGACACGGGUCCAUGGUCUUUCUGCCCGAGCCCCGCGAGAUCUUCUCGGCUCAGAUCUUUGCGGCGCUGUAUCUGGCUGGGGCGUACGAAGCCUGGGAGCUGUCCUUCCCGGAAGGGGAGUCUGCCUGGCAAUGGGAGGAGAUCAUGAACCAGCUGGUUGAGCUCCGGCAUGAGGUUCUCUGGUGUCAGCCCUUCCGAACCUGGCGCGAGGAGCUUGUGUGGAGCCUUCGACCUGGCGUGAUCGCCUGGCCAAGCGAGCGCCAGCUCGAUGAGGAGCGUAAGAAGACAUCGCAUGUCGAGGAGCUGCCCAUUGACGAGCACCGCGAGAAGAUCCUGAAGCACAUCGAGACACACCGAGUCACGUGCAUCCAGGGUGAGACAGGCUGUGGGAAGUCAACCAGGGUGCCGGUGUACGUGAUGGAGGAGUACUUCGAGAAACGGCGAGCUGGCAAGAUUUCCAAGGAGGACAAGUUCAUGGUCCUCUGCACACAACCCAGGCGUAUCGCCUGCAUUUCCCUGGCGAACCGGGUGGCCUCCUGCAUCAAGGAGACGGUGGGUGAGUCCAUCGGCUACAAGAUCAGUGGUGAUAGCAAAGUGCGCCCUGGAAGGACCAAGUUGGUCUACGUGACUACGGGAUACCUCCUCCAGGUCCUUGUCAAUAACCCUGAGCAGAUCAGCUCUUACAGCCAUCUGAUCUUGGAUGAGGUCCACGAGCGCGACGUGGACUCCGAUCUCCUCUCGUUGGUGGUCAAGCUUCAGAUGUCUGGCUAUAAUUUUAAGCUCGUCAUCAUGUCGGCGACCCUGCAGGGAGACCUCUUCACCCGAUACUUCUCAGAGAAGAAGAUCAAGACGAUCUUCGUCGGAGUGAAGAGGUAUCCGGUCGAGGUUGUCCACAUCGAGCAGCUCCUGGAUAGAUAUGGCGGGAGGUCGAGCGACUUCAUGAUGAGGGCCGACGGAACUCGAGGCUACCAGGCGCCCUUUGCUGGCAACGCAUACCGGGCGAUCAAAGAUGCGGAGCGCGCCUUCGGCACAGGUGGUAGAGAGGCGGAAGGUUGGGAGGAGGAGAAUGUGAAAGUAAAGGGCGAGUUCGACUCUGACUCGGACGAUGAGUCGGGCGACUCCGACUUCUCUGAGGAGACUGCGGCAGUGGCAAAGGCCAUGGCGGCACCCAAGCGACGGCGCAAGGAGGUUUCGCCAAACAUCAUCCGAGGACUGGACACCCUUGUUUAUGAGCUGGUCCUGCGUGUCGCUCAACCUGGAGAAGGCAUUCUGGUGUUCUUGCCUGGCAUCGGUGAGAUCAGUGAGCUUCAAGAGGUGCUCAUGCCCCUGGAAGACAUCGAUCAGCAGGCGCACAUGAAUUGGUCGCCUGGCCUUGAGCGGAACGAUCUCCACUUCAAGGUCUUCGUGCUCCACUCCUUGAUCCCCAAGGACGAGCAGGAAGGUGCAGUGUUUGAUCCGCCACCACCAGACACGGCUCAUAUCAUCCUGGCAUCCAACAUCGCAGAGUCCUCCCUGACGAUUCCCAAGGUGCGCAUCGUCAUCGACUUUGGGCUUCGUCGCCAGCUGAUCUAUGACAAGCGCCGGCACAUGUCUUGCCUGGUGACAACGUGGGUGUCGCAAGCAUCGGCCAAGCAACGCUGUGGCCGGACUGGUCGCGUUUUCGAGGGUGUCAACAUUCGGCUGUACACCAAGCAGUUCUUCGAGAGUUAUAUGGAUGAGUUCGAUCCGCCUGAGAUGCAAACCGCCCCACUCGAGAAGCUCUACGUGAACGUGAAGCACCUGAGCGCGAAGUUGCCCGAGUACGAGGUAACACCAGGCGAGUUUCGCAAGCGCACCCCCAAGGAGCUCCUGAUGCUCGUUGCCCAGCCUCCCGAGGAGAGCGCUAUCGCAGCCUCCAUCGAGAACCUGGAUCAGCUGGGAGCGCUGACAAGCGACUCAGAGUCUGCGGAGCUCACUGUCCUCGGGUACCUGAUGAUGGCCGUGCCACUGGAUGUUCAGCUCUGCCGUCUCGUCAUCUUCGGGGCCCUGCUUGGGAUGCCUUGCGAGGGAGUUGUUUGCGCAGCCGCGGCCAGCGUCCAGGAUCCCUUCACUUUGCCGUCGCACCUCAUCAUGAAGGAUCCCAAGGAGUAUGCUGAGGCAGUGCGGCGAAGCUACGAGUCCAGGAAGUACUUCGACCAUGGCCACUGGUCGGAGACGCUGAUGCUCCGGAACUUGUUUGUGCACUUCCUCUUGGAGUUUCGCAAGAUGCAGGUCGAUAAGUGCAAUCGUCGUGGGCGCGUCGGCCGCGAGUCCACUCGCAGCGCCUUCACGCGGUGUGCGCAGCUUAUGGCCUCGAAGUUUGCCGUGGUCCCCAAGCGCUUGGUCAACUUGGCGAACGCUAUUCUCGACACGGCCACGCGCAUGCGAAAGUUCCUUCCCGAGGGCUCGGCUAUCCUGAAGCAGCUGGAAAGCCUCCUCACCCUCAUGCAGGCAGGCGAGCGGGUCUACAGCUCCGUGGAGGCUGCGGAGGAGGCGCUGCCGAAAGUGACAGACCUCUUCUGUAGCGACGCAUGGAAGCUCAAGGCGCUGCUGGUUAUGGCCUUCACGCCGCAGUUCAUGCGUGGUGGCACAAAGGUUCGUGCACCAGACCAGCAGGUCACUGUGUACACCAAGAAAAAGAAGCAAACCACCACGAAGGAGAAGAACAAGAUGGAGAUCCUCCUCCAGGAGAUCGUGGAGUUCGGCUUAGACCCAACCAGGACUGUGGCGUGCGUCCUCGAGCUUCCGCGUGGAAAGGGCGCGGCAAGGAUGAGUCCUCGCUUUUCUGAUGACUUGCACCUCACCGUGCAGAUGAUCACUGGGGAGGGUUUCCAGCUGGUCAUGGCGAAGGACAACCGGGUCCUCAUCUCCUUCGAAGAUGCGAAGCAGCUGAAGCAGGAAGGACAGGAAGAUGAAACGUCAGCGUCCUCGCCAAAGAAGCCGAGGCCCAUUGCUGACCCCUUCGCCAACAUCAAGACAGUCGCGCGGCUGUGGUCAUGGUGGUCAUGGUGGUCAUGGGCUGGGGGAUAA